AUGCGCAGGCGGCCGUUGCCCUCCCUGCGCGAAGAGACCGACCACAAGACGUGGCGCAGCGUCUGCGAGAGUGAGUGGGCGGUGUACACCUUGGUGGCUUCGGUCGGCGCACUCACUUACGCCAACAGCCUGGGCGGAGAGUUCGUCCACGACGACAUCCCGGCCAUUGUGUCGAACAGUGACGUAACCGGCGGCAGCUCCGCUCUCGGGAUCUUAAGGAAUGACUUUUGGGGCACUCCGAUGUCAGACCCCAACAGCCACAAGUCCUAUCGGCCACUGACCACGCUUUCGUUCCGACUGAACUAUCUGCUAUGCGGUCUCUCCGCGUGGUGGUGGCACGUGUGCAACGUGGGGUUGCACGCUGCGUGCUGCGUUCUGGUGGCACGCACCGGCGCCGUGGUGGCAAGACUGCAAAGACCGUUCGCUGCGCUAGCGGCCCUGCUGUUCGCCGUCCACCCCAUCCAUACGGAGGCGGUUACCGGUGUGGUUGGCAGGGCGGAUGUCCUGGCCUGUGUUUUGUUUCUGUCAUCCCUUCUUCUUUAUCACGGGUCGUCAGGGAAACAUAGAGUUUGGCCAAGUGUGUUGCUUGCCGCAUUAAGCAUGCUGGCUAAAGAAACUGGCUUGACUGCAUUGCUGUUUAACGUCAUCUUCGACCUGUACCGCUGCUGGGGUUCAAUAAUACGAUCCUGUCCAACAAGGUGCCGAUGGAAAGGGGACAGCGUGUACGGUAGAGUGGCUCGUGGAAUGGCAGCGCUUGCUUUGUUAGCGACGUUCAGAAUAGCCAUGCUGCAAGGAUCGCUCCCAGCGUUCUCCCCGCAAGACAACCCACCGGCCUUCCACCCCACGUUUAUCGUAAGGUUGAUGACCUUUUGCUACCUCGCGGCGUUCAAUUGGUGGCUGCUGCUGUGUCCAUGGACACUCAGCCACGACUGGCAGAUGGGGUCUGUGCCACUCAUCACUAGUGGUUGGGAUCCACGCAAUCUGCUCACACUAUUUGCGCUAUUUGCCUUGUUAGCGCUGUCCUAUUGCUGUUUAGUCGACAUUGAGUUCCAACGCCACACGCCCGCCGUGGUCGGAUUGAUGUUGCUUGUUUUCCCCUACCUGCCCGCCUCCAAUUUAUUCGUCACAGUGGGGUUCGUUGUCGCCGAGAGAGUGCUGUACAUACCCAGCGUUGGUUUUGUAAUGUUGACGGUAUAUGGAAUUCAACUUAUGUGGCGGAGGACUAUGAAUGGAAGGCGUCUUCUUGCACUUGGGAUCGCGGUUCUGGUCGUAAGUGGAGCAGCGAGGACUCAUUUUCGCAACUGUGACUGGAGAACUAGGGAGAGUCUUCUCAGAGCCGACUUGGCAGUGCUCCCGCAUAAUGCGAAAUUGCAUUAUAACUUCGCCAACUUCUUGAAAGAUAUCGAACAACAGGAAAGUGCAAUCAGACAUUAUAAAGAAGCUUUGAAAUUAUGGCCCAGCUAUGCCAGUGCUCACAACAAUCUGGGAACACUUAUGCUAGCAUCCGGAAGAGCAGAGCAUCAUUUUUUGCAAGCACUUAAGUAUAACCGAGAUCAUGUUAAUGCACAUUACAACCUUGCCAAACUAUAUAGAAAGAAGAAUAGGAUAGGGGACUCGUUGAAGAUGUUGGAGAGAUGUAUAUCGCUGGAGCCACGAUUUGUACAGGCAUAUAUAGAACUACUCCAAAUUACCCCGCAUGAAGAGAAGAGGGGAAUCUUAGACAGAUUGUUAGAAAUAGAACCUAAUAAUUGGAAGCAUUAUCAACUAUACGGAGAUUGGUUUAAGGAGAAAGGUCUCUGGCCACUGUCGCUGCAGUACUACAUGUCAGCGGUGAGGUUGUCGGUCAGCGAUAAAUCCCUCGCGCCGGGCAAUUUGCUACCGUUGGGAUCGGCCUGCUUGGUGCUGCGCACUAUAGGGCAACGAGCGAGGGCGCUCCAGCUAGCUAACAGGUGGCAGAGUGCGAGGAGUGACGAGGCUGCCACAGCGAGAAGGUGGGCACUUGCACGCGCGUGGCGGCUACGCAGCGAGCUGGCAGACCGCGCCGCUAAGUACGCGCGCGUACCGUUGAUAACAUCGACGUGCCUCCAUCACAGCAAGCUAGAAGUGCCACUGGAUGAACAAAAGCCGAACAGAGGCAUCAAGGAGAACGCUAGAAAAUUUUCGCACAAAAAUGAUGUUCACAGCGCUCCGAAGCGAGGUGAAGUCGGCGCGGAGAAGGCGUCGACAGCAAACGGAUGCCAGAAAAGCGAUCACAAGAAAGGUGUCUCUAUAUCGGCGCAGUACAAACCAAUACACAACAAGUCGGAGACAGGUCACAAGCUCAAAAGCUGUCGCCUGCAAAAGAAGAAGAAAAUAAAGGAGGAGACUUUCACUCCGUUCGUGUCUGACCAUUUGAUAAAGACUUAC